CUUCACAAUCUACCUCCUGAGAUCUUUGACGCUGUCAUCGAGUCCUUGGUCGUCACGAUUGGCAUCGUCAAGGCACUCCGGCUCAGAGUGGUGAACCGAAGGUUCGACUCUGCUAUCUUAUUUGCAGUCUUUGUUCGUCAAGUCGUCAGCAUCUAUGAUCCGGCCACCCGGUCUCUAGAAUGCCAGAUGCCGCCGUCACUCAAAGGAAGAAUCCUACUUGCUACUUCAUACACCAGCAAAGCUACUAAAGGUACCUUGUCAUUUGUCAUAUACAGUGUCAACCGUGCACUGGACGACUUGACCCAGCCAAGUGAUGAACAGCGAUCCGGGCAGCAUCGAAUGAUUAGUGAAGCCGUUUCACACUUGAAAAAGUUCCAGCUUGAUAAUAUCAACGAGGAAGGGCAAGACGUGGGUGAAGAAACAGAGGCACACAACGUCUUCUGUGGUGCCAUUGUUAUCGGUAACCUCCCACUAGUCAAGUCUUUGCUUGGCUCCAUGCUUCUUGACUCUGUCAACCGGAUAAAUCCCUACUUUGGCAUACAUUUGUCCAUUGCUGCGGCCUGGGGAUACCUUUAUAUUGCUCGAUAUCUCCUCAUAUGCGGCGCCAACCCUGCGCGCGUUGUCAAUAUUCCAAUUAGGCGUUGGGUACCAGACCCAGCCUUGAAAGACUUGGAUCUUCCCGUGGGUAAGUACAUAUACCUAGACCCAAUUGGUAGUGCACUGCAAGCUGCUGCACUAGCAGGCCAUGAUGAUAUUGUCCGCUUGCUCGUGCCGUAUUCUCAAUCCCCCGCGACUUGGGAGGAAUAUUAUCUAGCGUUUCAGGCCUCGGCCCGCGGUGGCCAUCUCACUAUUAUCAAUAUCCUCCUUCAUGCUGUUGGAAAAAUUAUCCAUGAACUGGGCUGGCAGCAUUAUCAAAUGCUAUGGCAGGCCGUUCGCCAUAACCAAGAAGCCAUGGUGCAGAUGCUACUAGACCAUGGCAUUGAUGUGAACAUGGUUCCAUAUUCGGGGCCGCAUGCCCUUAAUAUUGCCGCGGCACAAGGCCAUGAACAAAUGGUUCGCUUGCUCCUGGAUCGCGGCUCUCACGUGCACCUGAGCGAGGGCCUUGGCUUGUCACCCAUCAAGCAUGCUGCUGCAAAUAGGCACCAAAAAAUAGUUGAGAUACUACUCCAACUUGGCGCGAACCUUGACGAUGCAGUUAUUUCUUCUGCAAGCAGUGGCCAGGCUCAUUUACUGAAAUAUCUCCUGCUACAUAAAAACGUGGAUCUUCACAAGCCGCUGGAUAAAGCCACUGUCGGGGUACAAGCACUUCACCUUGCACUCACCAACCGUUGCCUGGCCACUAGCUCCAUUUUACUUGAUGCCGGGGUCCUGGACAAUUACUCAAAUCUCGUUGACCAACUAGAAGUACUGCCCGCAGAAAUCGGGAUAGGAAACUCUGCAGGUGAUAUAUUUGGCGCAGAUGGCAAAAUUCAUAUAGAACAUGUUUGAGAAUUGGUUCAACAAAGAUCCGUGGAAUCCGCCGCAUGUAAACGGGAUCCAAGUCAGCAAGAGAACAUGGCAAUGGGCGGGGAGAUACUAACGGUUUGGCUUGCAAGCCCUAGCUAUUUGAGAUACAUUAUGCGAUUACCUAUUGUGCUUAUUCUAGUGCUUAUAUGAGACUACAACUAAUUACAAGACUGCUCUAUUUGUCUAGGACGCCAAUGCUAUUGAUCUUAUGGACCAUAUUUCAUGUACGACGGCGUAUUCGGAGCCCAGCACUUUCAUCCCCC